AUGGAAAAACAAAUUGAGCAGAUUGCGUUGCAGGUUUCAAAAAUAGCACCUGGUACAUUUCCUAGUCAAACAGUACCUAAUCCAAGAGGACGAGAAGAAUGCAAUGCUAUACGGACUUUGUGGUCCGGCAUAAGUUACGACAAUGGACAUGAAAAUUCUGCUGGAAAUUCGCAGGCAAUAGAACAGCCCCAAACUAAAUAUGCAAUUUCUGCAGAUUCUGGGCAGUCCCAAGACAGAUCCGAAAAUACCACAAAAACUGCAAAACGGGUUUAUGUGCCUCCUAUGCCUUAUCCUAAAAGGUUGAAACCUAAAGCUAAAGAUCAACAGUUAACAGAUUUUAUGAAGACUUUAGCUAAAGUUCAAAUUAAUUUACCGUUAAUUGAUGCAAUUAAGAACAUUCCAUCUUAUGGAAAGUUUUUUAAGGAUGUUUGCACAAAGAAAAAGAAGCUCGUUGAUUUUGAAAAUGUGAUUCUUACAGAACAAUGUGCUAGUGUAAACUUAAUGCCUUAUUCUGUUUUUAAACGUUUAGGUGAAAGAGAGCUAAAACCAACCUCCAACAUUAUUCAAUUGGCUGACCAUUCAAUUACCUAUCCAAGAGGGAUCAUUGAAGAUGUUAUUAUGAAGGUUGACAAUUUGUAUUUACCAGCUGAUUUUAUGGUGUUGGACAUGGAUGAGGAUUUGACAACACCCAUCAUUUUAGGCCGCCUAUUCCUAGCAGCAGCUCGGACUCUUAUUGAUGUUGAAGUCGGAACACUAACAUUUCGGGUCGAAGAUCAAACAAUUGUUUUUAGGUUGUUUGAAGCAAGCAUACAUUCAGGUGAUAAACAAGAAUGCAUGCGUGUUGAGGCAUUAGAUGGUUUACCGAGUGCCGAGUUUAUGACCAGAUCAUCAACUGACCAUCUGUCCAUAAAGCCCCUGAAUUUGACUCAUGAUUGCAUAAGUUCUAAACCACAGCAACAAAGGGUGCUACAUGAUGACCAGCCGAUUAACAUUAUGAAAAAACAUGAAAAUUUGCCAAGCAGCCCAAAUGUUAAGAAAAUACAGCCUGGUAAAAAAGUGUGGUUGUUAAGUUCCUAUUUCAAAUCAUCUCCAGGGAAACAAGAGUCUCGAUGGAAAUAUCCUUUUCUAGUUACUAAAGUUUUUCAGAAUGAUAAUGUGGACAUCAAGGUUAAAGGCACAGAUUUCUCAUUGAAGGUUACCAAACAUCAACUAAAACCAUGCAUAGGGAAAUUUGGUGCAAGCGAGUCUCUAACUCUGAAGGAACCAGUGAUCUAG